AUGGGGGACAGAACAUGCAUCGUAGAUCUUGCAAGAAUGCUGAAUUUGGGACCAACAACAGUAUGGAGGCUCAUCAAGAGGAAAAUUAUAAAGCCACACUCAAGUCCCUUGCAUCCAGGCAUUUCAGAAGCAUGCAAAAUGGCAAGGAUAAGGUGGGCAAUCAGACUGAUAAUGGACUACACUAUACCACAAGAACCAACAUAUUACAGCAUGUAUGACUUCAUUCAUAUUGAUGAGAAGUGGUUUUAUUUGACUCAAAAAAACCAGAGAGUUUAUCUUGCAAACAAUGAUCCCUAUCCACACAGAAGUGCAAGUUCAAGAACCAAGAUACCAAAAUUCAUGUUCAUGGCAGCAGUAGCCAUACCAAGGUGGGGUGAAAAUGGGGAAUGUGAAUUUGAUGGUAAAAUAGGCAUAUUUCCAUUCACAAAUGCAAUUGCAGCCAAGAGGACAUCAAAAAACAGACUCAAGGGGACCAUUGAAACAAAGCCAGUGAAGUCUGUAAAUCAAAUAGAGACAAGGGCAAUGAUGAUCAACAAGCUACUUCCAGCAAUCAAGGCUAAGUGGCCACCACAUGAAGGGGAAAAGGUCAUCUAUAUCAUUCAAGAUAAUGCAAAGGCACAUAUAUUGCAAAAUGAUCCUGAAUGGCAACUACACUACAAACAAGAUGGGUUCACUUUUGUGUUGACUCAACAGCCAGCAAACAGUCCAGAUUGCAACAUCUUGGACUUGGGAAUUUUCAGAUCAAUACAAUCACUUAUGCACAAGAAAAUGCCUAAAACUGUGGAGGACUUAAGUGGAGCAGUGUAUGAUUCUUUUAAUGAGUUGCAUCCUAAGACAUUGUCUAAUGUGUGGAUGACAUUACAAUUUGUUUCUAAAUGA